GAUUUGUUGAGCUCCUCUGCAAGCAGCUCCUUAUCAAAAUACAGUGGAGACAAUGAGGGGGACUCGGAUGACACCAUUAUAUUGCAGCAGAGUGCUACAAGAGAGACAGCUGAGGAUAAUCAUCUAUCUCAUGAGCAUUGUUACAAUGCAGAAGAUGGGAGUGGAUGUCUAGCAUGGAGACUGAAAUGUGUUCAAAGGGAAGCAUCAGAGGGACGACAGAAGACCGUGCGUCAGUCACUGACGCGUGGUCCAAAAGCUGAUAGAGACCCCUUCAGAGAGGAAAAGUGUCCAACAACAGAACGCCUGUGUUGUGAGGCCAUUGCACUGAUGAAGGAUACGGCUGAGGAAGCAAUUGUAAAGGAGAAGAUGAAGCAGACGUUCGCCUAUCGCCAAAAGAUGGUUCAUGACCCAGUGAAGUUCUCUGAAAUAUUCACAGCUUUUCCAAGAUUCCAAGACAUAGCAGGAAUGAUUGAGCAAGAUUUUACACUGAUGUUUGGUGAUGCAACCUCUGCAAAGUUCCUGGAGAAGUGGCCUACUCUCCACAAGCAGAAAGUCAUUGACCAAAGCCGUGGCCUCACACAGACAGGCAAACUGCAAUACCUGGUUCAAAAUGCUGAAUCCACAAGAGAAGUGAAAAAUGUUUCAGGAUGGGACAGUGACAUGUCCUCCAUAUUGGUCCUUGUCCACCUUCUUCCACCGUCACCUCUUGGCCGCAAGAGACCAGGAAAAAUCUCAGCCAUACACGCCAGUGACCACAUUGUGAAGUUUAUCAAGACUGGGACCAGCAUCCAGGGGCAUCUGGAGAGCAUCAUGGAAAGCUUUCAACCCUAUCCGCUUGCUGUGGGGACCCAGAGGAGGGCGAUUCACAAGUACUUAAUUGUAAUUGACAAACAUGCAAUACCUUGUAAGUCACCAGACUCUCUUGCCUGUUUUGAUGAGCUUUUCAAAGCUCAUUUUGUCUUUGGUACCUCGUACAACUAGGAUCUGGUAAAUGUGUACAACUUCUUGCAAACCACAAUUUCUGAAAUUGAUGUUGAUGCCAGGUAAGGUUAAUCCUAGGGUCGCAGAGUUGCGGGCUCGGAUGCUACAUUGAGUUACUAAAAGUGUUAAAGUUGCAAAGGGUUAAAACACCUUUUUCAUUUCACACAACUUUUUCAUAUCAUCUAAAAUGUUGUUUUGCUUGCAAAAGCCCCCAGGCAAAUGCUAAUUCCUUGACACAACACUUGAAGUUGGUCCACGGACUUCGUCCAGGAAAGACACUUCAUCUUAAAUGCGGACAGGCUGGUUCACAAGUUUAUGGUACUUUUUCUGGGUUCAGAAAGCAUCUUUAUGAAGCACAUGAACUGUGUUCUGAUCACGGUGAAGGCCCCUCUACAGCUAAAUAUGUAGCAGGAAGUCAUUUUGAUGACUUGCCAUUAACAAGUUCCCCUUCUGACUCAGUCCUUGCCAAUAACAGUCUUGUAGACAGCUGCGCUGCAACCAUAGCUGACCUUAAAGUGGAAGGUGUAGGUGAAACAACCAUUAACUCUUUGGUCAUUUCCAUGGAAGAGAUAGUUGAUGAUAUUCAUAUUCAAGCUAAAGAAUCUGUGAAGUGUCUAUACAGGAGCCUAUUAAAAGUGACAUUGGGUGUAAAAUUCAUCAGUGUUUUGAUUUUUUUAAUCCUUUUGUUGUAUUAAAUUCUGAAAGUAAGAGAAGGCAGUAUUUUACAGGAAAGUGGGGAAGGGUAGACCCAGUUGAAUACGUUCUUGGUACAAGAUUUGAUACACAACGCAAUCGGACUACUGGAGGCUAUGAUCAAAUUGUUACUGAUAAAUUUGUUUACAUCUCAAUUUUGAAAACAUGUGUUUAUUUACAAACACCCUAAUAUAAAGGAGAUGAUGCAGACUGAUUGUAGUUCAAGAAUAGUUUAUGACUGACGUGAUGGAGAUCUGUUCAAGAGCCAUGCUCUAUUUUCAAAACAGAAGCAUGCAAUUCAGAUACAGCUUUUCUAUGAUUUUGAAACUGCAAAUCCUCUUGGAUCAAAAACGGAGAAUACAUAAAUUAGGAGCAAUGUAUUUCACCUUACGGAAUUUUUCUCAAGUUCAACUCAUUUCUGCCUAAUAUUAAUUUGGUUGCUUUAUUUCAUGUCCAAGACAUUAAAACAUAUGGCUUUUCUAAAAUACUUGAUCCAAUUGUGCAGGAUAUUAAAGUACUUGAGAGGGAUGGAAAUAUUGUCACCUUGUAUGAUCAACCAGUGUAUAGAACUAUUGUCCAAGUUACAGGUGACAACCUUGGCCUUCACUGUUUUAUUUGGUUCUGUUGAGUCAUGCCAGAUAUUGUUACCGCUCUUGUCUUGCUGAGAAAGAGGACUUUCAGACUGAAUUUGAUGAAGAUUCACCCAAGAUAGUUAUGCGAACUCGAGCACUACACGCAGGAUACUGCCAAAAAAAAGGAGGCAAAUCCCAGUCUUCCCUGUGUGAUGGGUGUUAAACUUUCUUGCAUUCGAAACUCCUUGCAGUACUUCAAUACAUCUGAAAACUUCUCUGUCGAUAUUAUGCAUGAUAUCUUGGAGGGAGUGGCACAAUGUGAAAUGAAACUGCUAAUACUGCGCUUGAUAGACAAGUGCACAACGCCACACGAAGUAGACGGGAGAAUAAAGAGCUGUAACUAUGGUUACAUGGCGCAAAACAACAAACCUCCUGCAGUGAAGUUGGGAGAGGACUCUAAUGACUUGGGGUUAAAUGCUAUCCAGUCCUAGUGUUUACUUCGCAAUCUACCACUUAUCUUUGGAGACUUAGUUUGUCCAAAUGAUCUACACUGGUAUUUACUGUUGCUGUUUGCUUCAGAUAGUAAACAUUGUAUUUUCUCCAAUGAUUUCAAAGGGUAUUACACAUUUUGUUUGAAACACUUAAUCGCAGAACACCACAGGUUAUUCAAGCAAUUGUUUCCAAAAAAGAGGCUGCUACCAAAGCAUCAUUUUAUGGUGCGUUACCCCACAUGUAUGCUUAAAAUUGGACCAGUUUUGCAUAGCUGUUGCAUGCGCUACGAAGCAAAGCAUCAUUUCUUUAAACAAUUAAAAAGCUUAAAUGUAACUAAAACAUUGGCAAAAAAACACAAGUCAAAUAGCAUACAGUUGGCCGACAUUUGACACCAACCCUCAUGAUCGGUCCUUGUAAAAUGUUAUCUUUAAAUGUGGUGGACUGGGGCUGUAAGAUGGCUGAGACUCUUCAGGUACCAAUUGACACCACGGUGUUAAAUGCGCCAAACACCAUGGACAUAUGUAUCGUUUAGUUGUCUGUCUUAAAGUCCAUUGUGAGAUGCCAGUUUUCAGAAAAUCCACCAUGUUAAAGACGAGAGGUUACUGUCGGUUACUUUUGCCCUACAAACAAUACGUCUUGAGCAUUUUAAUGCCUAUAGAGUUGGGUGUGCAAUAGAGGGACCUCCGUAUCUAGUUGAUGUUAAAGAGCUUUUCUGUGACAAGUUGUGGUGAUUCAAGUUUGUUUAUUGUUCCAUACUGUUUCCUGUGACUCAACUGCACAGUAAGCUCUUUAAAACCAAGAUGUAUCGUAUUGCAAUAUUGGCUUUUUUAUUUACUUUUAAUAAAGGGGGGGACAGAUGCCAAAAUGUCAUUUUACAGAGGCCAGUUUUAUUUUAUCAUCGGUGUUUUUGAUAUGUGAGAUGCCAGUUUCACAAAAUCAUCCAUGUCAUUGUUAGAUGUAUUGAAUUGCAAUAUUGAGCUUUUUUUUAUGUACAUGUAUUAAAGUGAACAGAGGCCAACAUUUAAUUUCGGCCCACAAUUUUAUUAUAAGUAUUUUGACGUAUGCAUUUCAAAUGUCUUACAUUUAAGAAUUAAGUGCUUUUGAACUCUGCAACAAGUAAUUUUUACUCUA